UAGAGCUGUUACUUCAAGUGCAAAGAUCACAAAGCCACUUCAGCUUCCUCUGUGCAUGUGAGAUGAAAGGAUUUAUAGUCUGAGGUUUGAGGGAUGUAUGUUAUUUACCGUUAUCAUACAAACAUCUCUCAGAAAUCACCAGAACAAUAAUGCUGCUCUUUUUAAUUAAUUGAUAUGGUACAUUCACACAACCUGCAGUUAUCAUAGCUGGUUGAUCUAAAAAUAUAGUUCAUGAAAUUCCAGUUGAUUUUAUACUAGAGAUUGUGGUUGUCUGCAUUGAUCAGUUAAUGAGCUGUUCUGAUCAUAACUGUGCUCUACAAGAUCAAGAUAGUCAAGAAUUCAGUGUACAAAGAUCUGUUCUGGCCAGUUUGUGACUGCAGAACAACAUGACUGAGGAGUAUACUGACAUUUACAACUACAUCGAUGACUAUGAAGACCAGAUGUGUCGCAAAGAGGAGGUGGUAAAAGUCGGAUCUAUUCUCAUUCCACUCUUUUUCACAGCAGUGGUUGUAUUGAGCUGCAUCGGUAACAUCCUAGUUCUGGUCAUCCUUGCACUCUACAAAAGCCUCAGAUGCCUGACCAACGUCUUCAUCCUCAAUUUAGCUGUGUCAGAUCUGCUGUUCACUUUUGGACUUCCAUUUUGGGCAUCAUACUAUAUUUCUGGUUGGACAUUUGGAGAGGUUGGCUGUAAAGCUGUUAAGUUUUUCUUCUAUGUUGGCUUUUACAGCAGCGUGUUGUUCUUGACUCUGAUGACCGUUCAGCGUUACAUGGAGGUGGUUCAUCCUCUGUCCGACUGGGAGAGAUGCAGAGGCCUUUCAGUCUCUCCUUUUAUCGUUUGGAUCCUGAGUGGAACGGUUUCACUGCUCGGUUCACUUCAUAGCAAAGUCAUGAUAGAAUCUGACAGCCUAUACUGUGAAUAUGGCAGUGUUGAAUGGAAAUCUAGCACUGCUUAUUUUCAAAAUGCUUUUUUCUUCAUUGCAUUUGUAAUCAUGGGUUACUGCUAUGGUAGUAUGCUUCGGACGAUCACAAAAUCACAGAUUAAUAAGAGACACAGGACUGUUAGACUAACCUUUUUUAUUGUGCUGCUGUUUUUUAUCGGUUGGGCUCCAUAUAACAUUGUCAUGUUCUUAAAAUCUUUGACCUUCCAUCCAUUCACAGACUGUGAAGUAAGCAUAAGACUCGACUAUGCAUAUUAUGCUUGCAGAAUGUUAGCUUUCUCCCACUGUUGCAUAAACCCAGCGAUUUUAGUUUUUGUAGAUGCAAAGUUUUGUAAUACUUUACGAGAAAUUUCAAGGAGGUUUUGUUUUGUCUAAAGAUUCAAGUAUAUGAAUAAAUAUGUCUCAGAACUAUUCAGAAUUUCUGUUACACUUGGUAAGAUAAGAGAGACUUUAGAGAAAAAAGACUUUAAGUGCUUAAAGGAAUAGCUCACCUGAAAAUGGAAAUUUGCUGAAAAUGUACUCACCUUCUGGCCAUCCAAGAAGUAGAUUGUAGUUUGUAG